AUGAGAAGACCAACAUGUCGACGACCCAUGGUGCUUUUCAUGAUGGCGUUGCUUCUAGUGUUGACGUGUGUUUGCUGUUGCGAGGUGUAUUCCUGCUGCGCUUGCUGUUGUGGCCAUCGAAGAAAAUCCGCGAUCCCAGAAGAAGAACAGUUGAGAAGCGGAAAAGAGGAGUUGGAAGAACUGCUGAAGAAGAAGAGCAUCAACUUUGUUGCAGACCAAUGGAGUGAUGCAGCUCCCAAGGCUGAAAUCGAAGAAAAGAUCCAACGAAGCUGGGACGUGUCCUACAUUGCCGAAAACUUUGAGCUUAUCGAGGAGGUGGUCCGCAUUAUGAAGGAGUAUCCCGGCCUCAAACUACAUGUCAAAGGCUGCACGACGAGCAAAAUGGCCGAAAAGGACUUGUACAUUGUCAGGUCGGCCUUUGGCAAGGAUUUCAGUGAGGACUUUCCUUGGGCAGUCAUGGACUUGGAGAUGGCUUAUGCCCAAGGGCGGGUGCUAAGUCUGAAACGAAUCCUGGGAGAUCUGGGCAUAUCGCACAAACGCAUACGAACCAGCUACGAGCUCACGAAAGAGCGCAAGAUCGUCUUAGAGUUAGAAGUGCAAGAGGUUUAG